CAUGAUGCUGAAGCGUCUGUAGAUACUGAUGUUUUCUCAUCGAUCAUUAUCCAGCUGACAGAGGGGGACACACGCACACACACGCGCACACGCACACACAGAAAGAUGCGGCGCCUGGGCUCCGUGCAGCAGAAGAUACCGUGUGUGUUUGUGACGGAGGUGAAGGAAGAACAGUCCAGAAAACGUGAGAGUCAGCAAUUUCGGGUUCUUGCUACUGAACACGUGAACCCUGUUGCUCUGGAGGCUGACAUUGAUUGUGCAAUUGCCACAGAAAAACUGGACGGUACCUGCUGUUAUGUUACACUCUACAAAGGGCAGCCUUACCUCUGGGCUCGAUUGGACAGGAAACCCAACAAACAGGCAGAAAAGAGAUUCAAGAAGUACCAGCACUGUCACAUAAGCACCAAAGGUUUCACGUGGAACGUAGAGGACGACUUUAGGACGGUGCCAGAGUCGUGGAUCCCAGCUCACCGGGUCAAACAUCACAACGGCUAUCCAGUGCCUGAUGACCUCGGACACAUUCCAGGCUGGUUUCCAGUGGAGAAGGACAACAAGCAGUACUGCUGGCACUCGUCUGUGCUGGAUUAUGAAGUCGGGGUGGCUCUGGUUCUCAGACCCAAGGCUAACGAUGAAGACAUGUUAGAAAUUGUAGCAGUUCCGCUGACUGACCUCAUGGAACAAACCCUGGAACUCAUUGGAACCAACGUGAAUGGGAACCCUUACGGACUUGGGAGUAAAAAGCAGCCCGUCCACUUCCUGGUGUCACACGGGAGUGUUACAUUCCGAACGCCUCCAUCAGUGGACUUCCAGCAGCUGCGCUCCUGGUUCCACGAGUGUCCGGAGAGCCGAGUGGAGGGCAUCGUGUGGCACUGCAGCGACGGCACUCUCCUCAAGGUUCAUCGUCAUCACCUGGGACUGAGGUGGCCAGACGGGGAGUCCUGCUUUGGGAACAGGUCGGUGGGGAUUCACGUGGACGGGACAGAGGAGGACAACAACAGGAGAGACUUGUUUGCCUCUUUCUCUGCCCUGAAUGGACGCAGCUUCAGCCGACUUCAGGACGUCCACUUUGACUAAUAAGCCCUCAGGCUGAGACAAUGAAAUAUUCCCUCUCCUACAGCUGCUGUGAUCCUGUUAGGAUUUACCAGCUUGCUGAUCGCUGCCUGAUAGUUUGACCUGUUGGUAGCGAUCAGUAAGUUAACAUGAACUAUUUCAGGUUAUUUUCACGUGAGACCCGUAAGUACAGCCGUGGCCAAAAGUUUUGAGAAUAUUAAUUAUAUAUAUAUAUAAAAAUAAAUAUUAAUUUCACAAAU